GUGUACUACAGCCAAAACGCCACCGGUUGUGACUCGAACCUUAACCAUACAAUUAUAAUCCAAUUAACAUGUAAAGUAGGUCGUACAUUUGAUAAGGAGUGCUUAUGGUAUACAUAUCAUACGCACAUCGUCCUUAAAAACCCGGGAAAAUGGUCAAUAACCCACUUUUAACUAUCGCGAGAUUGACCUAGUAGGUAGUGUACAUACAGAAGUGAGUGAAUAUGUUGUGCAAAGAUCAAAAUGUACUGCUAAAGUCCUGCGGGAGAACUCUUGCAGUUUUUCUCUUACUGAUGCAAGUUUUGCCUGUGUUUCUGGAACAAGACGAAGAUAUCCCACAUAAUGAAGUGAAAAAUUGGGCUUUAAAGUUUGGUGUAGACCUGUGGGAAUAUGGAAAAAUGAUGACUAGAAUGAAUGAAUUGCAAAGGAAAUACCAUGAUGUGGAUAUAGACGUCGUGCGAAAAGAUGGAUUGAUUCUCAUUCGAGAAAUGGCUACGGAGGUGAAGAAUAUGAUGGAUUUUAAAAUGAGUGCAGUAAUGAGAAUAAUGGAUUCUGCAGAACAAGCGGCUCUAACGCCACGAACCGACAAUGGUCAACCGUUUAGAUAUUAUAACGCCAAAAGACUGAACGCCUUCGGGCGCGAUGGUAGACCAGCGGAGGGCACAAGGGAGAUGAUGCUAACUCCAAAUCCGCAUUUCGAUCACUUACCUGUUAAUACUAGUCUUAGUUCUGUACUUAUGCCUACUAAUAUUAAAGAAAAUGAUCCAGAAGUAAUUAAUGCAAUUCAAUGGUCUGAACACUUAGAUCCAUUGUUCAUAAAUAAUUAUGAAGGAGAUCCUUCAUUAUCAUGGCAAUUUUUUGGAAGUUCAACAGGAUUUUUAAGGAGAUAUCCAGGAAUUGCCUGGCCACCAGAAGAUAUGUCGACUAUAUGGCAAAGACCAAGAAACAAUCGCAACAUUUACGACUUUAGGUCUUCCUCUUGGUAUGUGGAUGCUGCAACGUCACCGAAGGACAUAGUGAUACUUGUAGAUAAUUCAGGUUCAAUGACAGGACACAGGGCUAAUCUAGCCCGAGCAACUGUCGAGGCAAUAUUAGACACACUAUCGGACAAUGAUUUUGUAAAUGUAUACAAAUUUUCCGACACAACAGAAGAAACAGUUGCAUGUUUCAAAGACCAGUUGGCUCAGGCAAAUAGUGAAAAUAUUCGAUACCUCAAAGACUCAAUAAUGAAUAUGAAGCCAGAAAACAUUGCCAACUUUACCUCAGCUCUUGUAACAGGAUUUGAAAUUCUUCAUAAGUACAAUCGCACUGGUCAAGGUUGUCAGUGUAACCAAGCAAUCAUGCUUAUAACUGAUGGUCCUCCUUCAACAUACAAAGAAAUAUUUAAAACUUACAACUUCCCUCACAGCCCAGUCAGAUUUUUUACGUUCCUUAUCGGAAAAGAUGCUAGUAGUGCACGGGAAAUGAACUGGAUGGCUUGUGCAAACAAAGGUUAUUACUCACGAAUUGAACACUAUGAACAAAUUAGGGACAAUGUGUUACAUUAUAUUGAAGUAAUGGCUAGACCUAUGGUGAUGUAUCAAAAUGAUCACCCAAUCCAUUGGACGCCUGCUUAUGUUGGUGGACGGGCCGACAGCUUUUCUGACGAUAAACAUGGUCAGCUUAUGACGACUGUCACCACACCUGUGUUUGAUCGCCGAAACCAUUCUGUACGAGUAGCCAAUGUUUUAGGAGUAGUCGGUACAGAUGUUUCAAUCGAUCAAAUAAAGAAAUUAGUUCCACCGUAUAAGCUUGGGGUAAAUGGAUAUUCGUUUAUAGUAAAUAAUAAUGGACAUAUUUUAUAUCACCCUGACUUACGACCAUUGGAAAAUAAUGAUCUCUACGAAGACACAUUAGAGCCUCAGUAUAUUUCUGUUGAUUUAAAUGAGGUGGAGCUCGUCGAAAAUGAAAAUGGUCCACGAGAGAAUCAUACUGUUCUCCUCGAUCUGCGGCAUGACAUGAUAGAUCAAAAAGAAGGAGAAACAGAAAUGAGCGUAAAAGUCCACUAUGACAAUAUGCGUCGUGUGACAACCAGAAGGAAUAAAUAUUUUUACAAUCCAAUAGAAGGUACUCCAUUUUCAUUAGGACUGGCUAUUCCGGAAGGAUACGGAAUGUAUGAAUUAUUAGCUGAACAAGAAAUUAAACAUAGCCAGAAAAAUGUUACCGAUUAUUUCAAAGGAGACAAUUGGAGAGUUCAUCCAGAUUGGGUAUACUGCGAAUAUACAAGUGGUUCUUCUGGCGAGCAGUGGUUUAAGACUGCGGAAGAACGUGUUUUACAUUUCCUGUCGAGAAGUCGAAGACCAGGUUGGAAAUGGAUGUCACUAAGGCCAAGAUCGCCACUGCAACGUGAACAUUAUCACAUAUCUACAAAGCAGGACAAAGAUGCUUAUUAUUGCGAUAAAACUUUGAUACAGUCAUUAGUUUUAGAUGCCAUGGUAACUGAAGGUUUAGAAAAGCAUCCGUUUAGGCCUCGCCUUGAAGAUAAGCAUCAAGGAUACGAAAUUUUUGGCCUAACUUUGUCAUUUGUGGCAACGAGAAGUGGUCUUCUUCGAUGGACUAAUUUAACUAACAUAGAAACCAAAGAACCUCACUUCAGUGAAAAUAACGUUCAUGCAAUGGAUGAAACUUGGUAUAAAAGAGCAGUUGACCAACAUUCAAUUGAGCCAGAAAGUUUUGUUUUUUCUGUUCCAUUCGAUGUUGGUUCUUACGGUAAACCACUUAUAACAGCAACGCAUGCUGUGUUUGUUGAACACAAAGGCCAUAGGGCCCCAGCCGCUGUGGUCGGCUUACAAUAUCAACAUUCAACAUUGGCGUCCCAUUUUCUUAAUAUUACAUCAAAGUGUAGUGCAGGGUCAUCAUCAUGUAGCAAAACCUGUGCUAGUGACAAACUAGACUGUUAUGUACUUGAUAAUAAUGGUUUUAUCAUUAUAUCUGAAAAUAAUGAACAUACUGGUAGAUUUUUUGGGCAAAUAGAUGGGACCAUAAUGGAUUCCCUUGUACAGGACAAGAUUUAUAAAAAAGUUGCGGUGUACGACUAUCAAGGUGUUUGCUCAAAUAAUAAAUUUCAGUUUAGUGGAAAAGCAAAUAAAAUACAGAUAUUCGACCCAGUCAAGCUGCUUGUUACUUUCUUAAUGAAAAGUUUUCUAAUAUUGAUUGCAGAAUUAAAAAAUGCCUACGGUACAGCCUUAGCAUAUACGCAAGAAGAAGACGAUAUGCUUGAUAAAUACUCAGAAUAUGAACUAGAACAAUAUCCUACAGGAGAAGAUAUAAUAGAUGAGCAAGAUCCAAUAAUUUCUCCACCUUCGAAUACUUAUUCCCCUUCUUUUAUACCCCCAUACGAGUCUGAUCCUAUGGAAGGAGUAGAUUUGGGACAGUUUGGCAUUAGACCAUGUGAUCGUAAAGUAGAUUUGUAUAUCCUACAACCAGAUAGACUGAAUACUAGUGGUCAAAGCAAUCCUUUAAAAGGAAAAUUAACAAACUGUCAUGUAACUGGAUGUGAAAGACCGUUUAGUGUGCAAAAAAUACCACACAGUAAUUUAAUUCUCCUCGUUGUGGAUACCAUGUGCCCAUGUGGAAGUAAACAAUUAAGUAUUAUACCGCAGGAAGUUAAUUACGAAUCUAAAAAUGGUGGAUGUCUUCAUAAACCAAAAGACAGUCUUUACAGGAGACGUCCUCCAAAAUGUAUAAAUUAUCAUCCUGAGGAGACGGAGAUUCACAUCUGUGGAUCGGCAUCGAAAAUGCCUAUUAUCACUAUAGCGUUGCUAUUGGGCAUUGGAAAUUGCCUUCUUGCUUUUCUAUCGUGAUUAAAUCCGUAUCUUAAAUUAGGUCCUUAAUAAUGAAUUUCAACUAUAAAAUGGUUGGCACUAUCUUUCUUAUCAUUUUACAGUUAAAAAAAUUAUAAAUGUAAUAUGAAUUAAUUUGCAAAUAGUAUAGUAGGUACAGUUUUUAUAAUAACAAAGUCGA